AUGAGACCCACAGUCGAAGCACAGCACCAAUUGCAAGCUCAAAUGAAGACUGCGGAGCUCAAAUUGGCUGAUUUGAUCCAAACAGAUCAACUGCAGGCCUCGGCUGCAAAUGGUCUAGACGCUCUGCGCUCUGCCCUAACAGCCCAACUUACCGGCGUUGUUAUGCCAUCGCCAUCCGCUGGAGUACAGCACAUUACUAUUGGUCUACCUUCUACCUCACCUCAAACCUCUACCUCGGUUGAUAUCCCUAAGAUGGACGCUGAGGCAACGAAGCAUCUCACCAACACAUCGCAUCUUGUCAACAUUUCCCAGCUACAAGCUCUCAUAUCGGCGUUGGCGGGAGUCAAGGCUUCGCAAGUACCUAAGGACUAUUUAAAUGAAGUAAUUUCUUCCCAGAUGCUACUGCAGUCUUCUCCACCCCUCGUGACCAGCAAUGCUUCAUCGCCGACUACGACGCCCCUUGUGGCGGCAGCAGUAGAUGGGCUCAGCUCUGGUGCAAUUAGCUUCUCUAAUGCAGGACUGGCGCUGGCAUCCGCGCUAGCACCACCUGGCACUGCAAACUCCCUCAAGGGAAUUACUCUGCCAACUGGAGAAUUUAUUCCAGUUGCAAGCCUAAUUCCAGGUCAACCAGCAGGUCUGGGCUCGUUUGCUCUGACUAGUGGAAGUCCACCCAGUAGUUUGGCAAACUUCGUGACGAGCUUGAGUGGUACGUCAGUAACACCAACAACCCCUGCCAUCACCUCCCCGCAGCACCAAGCUACACGACCAUCACCGCCGCCACCCCAACCACAAAUAUCCUUUGAUGCUGCCCUCUUUGCAACUGCUGCCGCCACCGGCAGCCCUCUCAACAUUGUUGCUCAGGCCUCUCCGGCACCAGCGACACCACAACAGCGGGCUCAGGCACUCAAUCAGACCCAAUCGAUGAAUAAUGGUACCAUGACCCCAGUCACCGUGGUUCCUGCCCUUCCCAGAAGCAAUACGGCCUCUCCUCAUGUGGCCGUGCAGUCCAUCCGUGAAACCGCCAGCUGCACAAGUUUGGAAGAACUCUCCAACACUUGUGGUGCUGGUGGAGGUGGUAGUGGUGGCGGAGGGGCAGGCACGGACACGGACACCUCAGUGGUGGCAGCUGAGGAGAGUGGAACUGAAGGGUUACUUAGCAACCAUCUUGAGGUGACGACUGAAGACAGCGGUUCGCCAAUGAGCAGCGCUGGUGCGCGCAAAUCAACCACCGUCUCUGGAAAAGCGAGUCGACGCACAAGCAGUGGAUUGGGCACCAGGCCGCAUCGGCAGAACUUCACUGCACUGCAGAACCGCAUUCUCACAGACUGGUACAACUCUCAUCAUUACAAGCCCUACCCCUCUACUGAGGACACCAAAUUGCUAGCACAGAAGUCCGAACUCACCUAUUCUCAGGUGAAAAAGUGGUUUGCUAACAAGCGAGCUCGGACUUCAAACAACGGACUGCCAAAACCACUGCCCCCCACAGCCCCAGAUACUCCAUCAACGGCAUCAGCUGAUGCUUCGUCUUUUGUGGCCGCUGCAAUGGCAGCUGCUGCAGCUGCCAAUCAGUCAAGUUUGCUGCCAAACGGGAGCGCGGGAGUAAUGAUGCAACCACAGCAACCCCAACAGACACAGACGACUGCACCGGGGUCGAAAACAAGCAGUAUUAUUGUGCCAUCUGGACUCAUGAUUCGGCCGAAUGGAGCCGCGCUGGCGGCAGCAACUUUGAGUGCCGGAGGACUCACCAUCCUUGCACCGCGACCACCACAACCCUCUGCUCAACCAUCGGUAGUCACAUCCUCUACUGCCACUACCACUGCUGCCACCAUCGCUCCCCCUAAAGUGACCUCAUCCAUAGUGACAGAGGGAAUUCGAAAUGAUAUUUCUUCAGUCCCCUCUUCUCCAUCUGCAUCCGCUGUUGAGGAAUCGCAGCAACCCCCUACAGACCCCAUAUUGUCAUCGUCUCCAACUCAACCUAAAAAGGAGGAUAUGGAAGACAGAGUGAUGGAUGGGAAGAUUGGUGAAGAUGUGGAUAAAAACAAGGAGACAAAUUGA